GCCCUUCUCCCUUUCCUGUUCUCUUUUCAUCGGUGGUGAUUUUUUUGCCCCCCACCCCCAUCUGUAGGGCUACGCCAUAUAAACUAGCACCGCCCCUUUGAAAGGACAGAGAAUCUUUUAACGUACGAGAGACCGACUUUGUGGCGCCGCGGCGGUAAGCGUCUGCUAGCGUUGUUUUCUUAUUCGAGAUGCGAAACUCGGAAGAAGCUGGAAAGCUUAGCAGACUCUGAGGCUUAUUCGUAAGAAGGGAGUCCACAGCCAUUGAACAUUUAAAAAGAGGACUUGUGAAGUCUGAUGAUUGACCCACCUCUCUCAUGGCGUCAAAAGAAUCGUCAUCGUUGCAAUCACCCCUGCCUUUAACUCCAUCAUCAAAGACAUGCACGUCUCCGAUAGCAACACAACCUGCUCAUUUGGUAGCCAUGGAAACAAAUGAACCAUCAUCUCAUCAGCCAAUGAACGUCUUUGGACAAGUCACAGAUUUCUUAGAUCGUCACUUACAAUCUCUGAGGAUCGGUGUUGCUCUGGUUGGGGUGGCUGGCCUUGUUCUCAUUGGAAGAAGCAUUAGAGUGAUGAAGAUGUUCCGCUCUGUGUCCGAUAUACCGGAAGAGUUUAUCAGAAAGCAGAUGACCCUUAGAGGAAAGGUCAGAGGUCAUGAGGGUCAUCACAUCAUGGUUGAACACCUUCCUAUUCUUCAAGGGAUCAAAGGAAAGAUCAAUGGACGUCAAGAUCCUCUGUUACCUGUAUGUCUAGCAGGAGUCAGUCUUUCUGAGGCUGGUUUGACCAACCUGGUCACAUUGACUCCUCUUGACUCCAUUAUCUGGUUCAGACUACUCGCCGUGAAUGAGGAAAAACAACUGGAAUGCAUCGUCAAAAGGAGAAAGAACCUGUUCUCAUUUAUGGUAAAUGAGACACUGGUAAAGCAAGGCUUUGCUCAAGUCAAGCCAGCCCACCCAUCGAUCGCACUCCACCCAACGACAGUCAAGCUAAUCCAAAGACUAUCCAAGGCAGAGCUGUACGCUGAGAAAAGGUCCAAGGGAAUCUGGGCCAAGCCUCCUCUCAGGGAGAGAAUGAACGAGAGAAUCGGAGAGAUGAAGGAUGGAUUGAAGGAAAGAAUGGUAUCCACCUUGAAGCCUCUGUCAGCGGGCGUGAAUGCUGUUAAAUCGGCGACAGCGAGGUUGGGUGCAUUGGUCAGGUGGCCUAAGAAGGGUUCAAAGAAUGGUUGACUCUUCCUCUGGCAGAAGAACCUCUUCAGGAGCUUUGAAAGUGGUCUAUGUAUCCAGGGUGGAUUCUACUGCUAUCUCUCCCCUUGUAGGAGAGAUUGGUUGUCACCAUGAAGACUUACCGCAGCUAACAUGGCUGCUAUUAGGUCAACAUAAUCACGGGUUGGUGAAGUCAUCAAAUGGCACCCAGAAGAGUUCAAAGAAUUGUUGAAUCAAUCUCGAGCAGAGGGGGCUUGUCAGUUAGCUGCCAGGUUAGUGGUAGUCCAUACUGUUGGUCCAGAAAGACCACUAUUCCUGAGGACAGCCAUUUAUAACUUGUAAUUUCCUAUACAAACAGAUCAACGAGCCAUACAUGCAUGAUGUCCUGAGGUCUGGGGAAAAUAUCAACUUGUGUAAACCCACCUCUUCUCUCAUUCUUCAAAGUAACCUGAACAAUCUGUAUCAUGAAAGUUUUGAUAAUUUAUGGAAAGGCUCUUGCUUUCAUGUCAUUAUUUAUUUCACAAUGCAUUUGUAUUCUAUUUCAAGCAUCUUGGUUGUUCUAUUCAAUAAAUUGUGGAUGUAUUCUGAAAGAAAAUCUGUUCUUUCAAAAAAAAAUAUUAUUUUAUGUUAACAUGGGAUCAGAUUUGAUUAAAUUCUUUAUCGGUCUAUAUCUGAAACACACUAAUUUGGCUUCCACAAAAAACCAAAUAUAAUGGGUGAUUUCAAGAACGGUGUUGCAAUCUGAUGUUUUUGUUGUGACAACACCAACACCAGCCACAAUACUGUACUUGAAAUGAGGCUGGUGUUUGGAUUGACCUUGGAAAAUAUGACGUAUUUCCAGCAUUUCUUGUUGAAGGCUGGUGUUGAAUGUUGUCUGCUGAACCCAGCACUGCGGCUGGUGUUGAUGAUUUACGUGCAAUUUCCCCAUUCACCAACCCCCAGGGAUUGGGAAAAACAUGAUUUCAAGUUCGGUGUUGGUGUUGGCAAUCUCAAGCUCAUGAACAGGCGGCAAACAUAAUGAACAUCGCUUUAAAAUUAGCUUUUACAGUUAAGUUGAGUGUAAAUCAUUUGAGCUUUAUAUAUAUUUUGAUGAAGAAUAAUGAUCACUCUUUCGAAUACUUGAAUUUAUUAAAGCAUUGGUUGGUAUUCUGUUCUGAAUUUAAUGCAUUUCUCUCCAAUUUCACUUUGAGUUAGCAGCGCAUUGCAGAGGAGUGAUGUCAUGUGCUAUCGAUAACGCAAUCGGUGUCGUUCCUCUGAACCUAGCUCGGUGUUGGAGCUCGGUUCGGCAGGUUUUUUACGCUCUCAACACCAACAUUGAACCAGAAAUCACCCAUUAUACCGGUGGUAAAUGAAUUAUAAAUUCUUAUGUUUGAUACAACAGUAUUUGUUAUUUUAAUUUUGGUAUACCAAGAUGAUACCUAUGUACAUUAAAUUUUUAUUCCAUACAUCAUUUUGUAAAAUGAGGUGGGGAGAGGAGCUGGGAAUGAUUUUUUUUUAUAAUGUACUAAUUGUCAUCUUUCUUGCCUUGUUGUUUAUACCUGCAUAAUGACAUGUAUUAUCUUUGUGUGAAUUAUUAAAUUCAUUGUACUUUUCAUCUCUCUUUCAAUCAUUAAACUUUGAACGUAUUUCCUUUGUUCAGGUGAGUGUGUAGUUACAUCUAUGGACAUCCAGCCACAAUACCCUUUAUAUGAAAUUAAAACUUUCUAGAUCAUUGCUUCAUGAAUUGAAUAGGAAGUAAUAUGAGACUUCUUGUGAAAAAAAUUAAAGGGAAUU